AUGGAUAACAAAUUAGGCAGAAUCCAAUUGAAUUGCUUUUUAAUACGAGAAACGUUGAACAACAACAGAGAAAUCGUUAAAAAGUUUGUAUUCAAAAAUGCCAGCUUGUUGUUAGGCAGAAACGAAUUAGGCGGCAUCUUGUUAUCCGUGGCCUGUGAUAAAUUCAACGAAACUGUUCUCCUUGAAGAUUUUAACGUCCAUAAUAAAUUUUUAAAAGAUGGCAAAGCGAGCAUUGUAAUGAAUAAAGAGAAAAUCCAAUACAUGAUAUCAAACUGUCCCCCAGAGCAGCUGUUCUCAUUUCUAAGAACUUUGUUCAUAAAAAAUGAAGCAUUGAAAGAAAAAAAGCAGAUGUCCCCAUCUAAAAAAAAAAUAUUCCCCUCCUUAACACGAUGCAUUAGUGAAGUUAGCCCACUUACAAAUAAAGAUAUUAAUGUUUUGAAUAAAUUAAAAUCGUUAAAGCCUCAAACGUUGAUGAAUGACUUGAGCAAACAAAUGAAAAGAAAAUGUGAAAUGACACCUGACAAUAAAGAAAAUUUUUCUCAAAAAUUAUCACCUUUGUCUACUGUAAGUAAGAUUAUUAAUAAAGACCAAGAAAGUUAA